CUACAUGUAGUAUUAUACUGUCUAUUGUCUUCCACAUCGUUGCCUGUAUGAACCAUGACAGAAUUCUUAGUUAAGAACAUAUGAAGAUACCUAAAAAUCCCUUUCGGUUUCAUGAAAGGCAAUAAGGAAAAAAACCAUCGACGCACCAGCGCAAAGGCAGCAUCUAUUUUCACUUUCACCUGAGCUGAUUUCGAUUUAUUUUCUGUUUGUCUAUAUUAUAUAUUUAGUUUUUAUUAAUAAUGGCCCUCUUCGAUGUGAGUGGUUAUAAGACUUGUAAAGAACUUCGUGGACAGAUUCUUGGAACUAGUCAAAGGCAUCUAAUUGACCGAACGAAUCAUUUUACGUUUGGAACAACAAAGCAGGAAUUCGCUGUGCCACUGGGCGUUGAUCCCUCAGGCUUCCUGAAGUCAUGCAGCCGUGAGAAUGGCGUGUCCAUUGACCUCAACCACGGUACCACCACGCUGGCUUUCAAAUUCCGCCAUGGGGUCAUCGUGGCGGUGGACUCCAGAGCCUCAGCUGGCAGUUACAUCGCGUCCAAGGAGGCUAACAAGGUGAUAGAGAUCAACCCUUACCUGCUGGGGACCAUGUCUGGCAGUGCUGCAGACUGUCAGUACUGGGAGAGGCUGCUGGCCAAGGAGUGCAGGCUGUACAAGCUGAGGAACAAGCAGAGGAUCUCGGUGUCUGCUGCCUCCAAGCUGCUGUCCAACAUGAUGCAGGGGUACAGGGGCAUGGGGCUGUCCAUGGGCAGCAUGAUCAUUGGCUGGGACAACAAGGGCCCCGGACUGUACUACGUGGAUGACAAUGGGACCCGUCUGUCUGGUCGUACGUUCUCCACCGGCUGUGGUAGCAGCUACGCGUACGGCGUGGUGGACAGCGGUUACCGGGAGGACAUGACGGUGGAGGAGGCCUACGAGCUGGGACGGCGCGGCAUCGUCCACGCCACCCACCGGGACGCCUACUCUGGAGGAGUGGUCAACCUGUACCACAUGCAGGAGGACGGCUGGAUAAAAGUGUGUAAGGAGGACGUGUCAGAGCUGAUCCAUCGCUACAGGAAGGGCAUGUUCUGAUCCCAGAUCAGCGCAAACAAACGUUCACAUUCACACAAACUUACAUAUUUACGUAAAUACAAACAAUCUGUCAGUUCCUGUCUGAUGUCAACAUACUUCAAAUAAAGUAAAUUCAAAUACUG